AUGGGUGGAAUGAAAUUUGAAUACGAUGAAAGUGGAGGGAAAUUUUAUUAUUUUCUUCUCUCUGUUUAUGCUUUAAUUCUUAUACCGGCAACAUAUUGGUUAUGGCCUAAGGCAGAAAAAAGAAAAACUGUACCACAUCCUGAAGAUACAUCGAAUUUUGCUCCAUGUCGUCAUAAACAUCAAUUAUUACAUGCAAAUGAACCUAAUCGAAGACGACGAGCAAUAAUAACUAAAAUUGGUUUAAUCUUAGCAUGGAUUAUUUUAUUAGUUCUUGCUUAUCGUGUAUCAUUAAUUGAAAUUGAACAUAAAGAAUAUGAUCCAUUUGCAGUAUUGGAUAUUGAUCGAGAAGCAACAAUCGGUGAAAUAAAACGAGCCUAUCGUGAUUUAAGUAAAAAACAUCAUCCAGAUCGUGGUGGAGAUCCAGAAAAAUUUAAAGAAAUAGCUAAAGCAUAUAAAACAUUAACUGAUGACGAAGCAAAAGAAAAUUGGAAAAAAUAUGGAAAUCCUGAUGGACCAGGAGUAACACAUUUUGGUAUUGCUUUACCAAAAUGGUUAGUUGACCAUCAAAAUUCUAUAUUUGUUCUUUUGGUUUAUGCUGGUAUCUUUAUGAUUGUUCUUCCAGUUAUUGUUUGUAUUUGGUGGCAAAAAUCUGCUCGUUAUUCAGGUGAUCAAAUUUUAACUGAUACAAUACAACUUUAUUGGAUAUUUUUAAGUAAAACAUCAUCAAUUAUUGUUAAACGUGCAAUUAUGAUUCUUAGUGCAUCAAGAGAAUUUGAUCGAAAUCGUAAUCCACUUAUUAUUGAUCGAUUAAGUGAUAAUGUUGAAUUACCAAAAUUAUUUCGAGAAUUACCUGAUGUACAAGAAAAAACAAAAGAAAGACCAUUUCAACUACCAUAUUGUUUAAAAGCACGUACACUUCUUCAUGCACAUCUUCAUCGACUUAAUACAUUAAGUGAUAAUCUUGAAAACGAUAAAGGAUAUGUUGUUAAAAAAUCACCAUAUUUAAUUAAUGAAAUGAUUAAUAUUGAAGCUCAACUUGUUGCUAUGGGACAUGCUGGAAGAUUGAGAAAUGCUCCACGUCUUGAUACAAUUGAAAGUACAAUGAAAUUAUCACCAAUGAUUACACAAGCAUUAUGGCAUACGAAAAGUCCUUUACUUCAAUUGCCACAUAUCACUGAAAGUCAAUUAAGAUUUUUUGAAACAAAAAAACGAACAAUUAAAUCAGUACGACAAUUUGCAGCUAUGAAUGAUGAAGAACGUCGUUCUAUGUUACGUAGUAUUACGGAUGAACAGUAUGAUGAUAUCAUGAAUGUUCUUUCUAUUUAUCCACAUUUAACAAUGACUGUAUCAUGUGGAGUAUUUGAUGAUGAAGAUGAACAUAUAAUAACAACAGGUGCUGUUGUAACAUUAACAAUACAUUUACAUCGUGAAAAUAUGUCAAAUGUAUUUAACAAAGAAAUUGGAUCAAAUACAUCUGCUGCUAUAAAUACUCUUGAUUAUGAAGCAAAUGACGAACAAGCUGAUGAUAAAGAAAAUCGAGGAAAGACUAAUGAAACAUCCAAAACAACAUCGAAUACAUCAAAAGGUUGGAAUAAUAAAUCGGAUAAGAAAAAAAAAUCAAAAAAGAAAGGACAAACAACAUCAUCUAAAACGAACAAUAAUUCAUCGAAUAAACAAUUAACAACAACAACUAGCAAUAAAAAUCAAGCAAAAGGAACAGAAAAAGAUUCAAGUGAUGAUGAUUCAUCGAAACAUUCUGAUGAUUCUCCAUCAACAUUACGUCAACGUCAUGAACCAUCAAAAGAUGAAAUGAAUAAUAGUGAAAAUGAGAAUAAUGAUGAAGAAAAUCCUUCAAAUACAAUAAAAAAAUCACGAAAAAAUUCUGAUAAUGAUGAAGAUACAUUUCUUGAACGUUUUCAACAACAACAACGUAAACGUGAAACAUUAGAAACAAAAGCAAAAAUUAGUCAUCGAGUUUUUUGUCCAUUUUAUCCUGAAAUCAAACAAGAAUGUUGGUGGUUAUAUGUUGCUGAUAGAAAACAUUCUUCAUUAAUUAGUGCACCUGUGUAUUUAUGCACAUUAAAAGAUAAAGAAGAAGUUGAAAUUAAAUUUUCUGCACCAAAAACACCUGGUCAUUAUGUUUAUUCAGUUAUAUUAAGAUCCGAUUCAUAUUUUGAUGUUGAUGUUAUGGAAAAUCUUGCUUUUGAUGUACAAGCUGCCAAAGAAAUGGUUGAUAAUCAUCCACAAUGGGAUUUUAGUGAUGAAGAAGGAGCCGCAAAUAAUAAAGCUGAUGAUGAAGAAUUUGCCACCGAAAGUGACAGUGAUGAUGAAUAA